UAUCUGCUGUGUUCUUUUGUUGGUGAGUUAGGGGUUGUGCUGUAAUGUUGGAACAACAUGGUUACAUCUGGCAAUGAAAAAGCUAACGUAAUUAUUGUUCUGACCAGUUUGAAGGAAAUGGCCAUUUUAGCCCAGCUGAGUGCGCAGUACUCAACACGGAAAGAUCCCGCAGUUGAACUGGAAUUCAAGCAGCGGGGGAAUGCACAGUUCAAGCUGAAGGACUAUGCUCACGCUGUUGCCUUGUAUUCAAAGGGACUUCACCAUAGCUCCACGCACUCCCCUCAGGCUGCACUGCUCUAUGCCAACCGCUCAGCAGCACUGUACCAGCUACAGCGAUACCAAGAAUGCCUGGUGGAUAUUGAGAGAGCUCAGGGACACAAUUAUCCCCAUGAGCUGCUACAUAAGAUCCUGGCACGCCGCACAGCCUGCUUGCAGCGCCUGGGCCAAGCUGAUGGAGCCUCUGGCCUCUGCAGCAAAGAACACCUCCGUGCAAGAGGCAGAGGGAGAGCCUGGAUCCAGAGCCAGCCCACAACAGGAGGGGCCCCCCAUGGACAGACAAAGACCUCAGGAACUCUGUGCGAAAUCUCUCCGUCCAUCGCCGUGGGCUCCGACAGUUCCCGGGGCCGCCAUUUGGUAGCAACGGAGGAGCUGAGGCCAGGAGAGGUCCUGCUCCAGGAGAAAGCCUUUGCAGCUGUGCUGAUCCCAGAGGGAGCCAGAAGAGAGCCAUUCUCCAAUGAGGAUGUGUACUGUCACCACUGCCUUGAGUGGACUGAGCUCCCUGUGCCCUGCCUGACCUGUAGCUUCAGCAGUUACUGCAGUGAGCUGUGUCGAGAGCAUGCCUGGAAUCAGUAUCACUGGCUGGAAUGCAGACUUGGGGGAUUCCUGUUGGCACUGGGCACAUUCACCCAGCUUGCACUCCGCACUGUGCUGCUGGCAGGUAUACAGGAGGUACAGGGAGCAGAAAAAUUGGAGAGUGGAGCUGACCAAAGGACGAUUGGCGAAUGCAGCGUGAGGCACAAUCCAGACCACAAAGUGGAACUGAGUAGUUGUUUUUCUGGGAUGUCAGAGGUUGGCGAUGGGAUGCCCAGGGACGCUCAGAGCCGUUACCAGAUGAUCCACAGUCUCCUGACCCACACCAGAUUGCAAACACCAGAGCACCGCUUCCUCUGUGGUCUUACCGCAGCAGCUGUGUGCCAGGAGAUCAGGCGAAUGGGGCUGGAGUCACAGCUGGUGAGUGACAAGCUGGAGCAGCCUGCAAUUAUUGCCCAAGACCAGGGACUAAGGACACUGGGAGUGGCAUUGCUCCGACACCACCUCCAGCUGGAGUGUAAUGCUCAGGCUAUCACAGCACUCAGAGUCACAGGAGGCGGACAUUCCCAUGUGGCAGAGAUGGAAGAGGUCAGGAUUGCGACUGCCUUCUAUUGUACAGUCAGCCUGCUGAACCAUUCCUGUGAACCCAACACUAGUAUCACAUUCCACAACAGCACCAUCAUUGUGAGAGCCUCCCAGCACAUUGCAGCAGGCCAGGAAGUGCUACACUGCUAUGGGCCGCACUGGAGCCGGAUGGCAGUGAGGGAGCGACAGCAGGCCCUGAGAUCGCAGUAUUUCUUUCACUGUCAGUGCACUGCAUGUGUUCGUGAGGAGGGGAAUGUUGGAAUGGACUCUGUGCUUGGCCAAUUCCUCUGCUCUUAUUGUGGGGUCGAGUUACAGGAUUCGAAGGAGGCUCAUUGCACAUGCUCAAACAGCUCCUGUCGUCUC